AUGGCUGCUGCUUUAUUGGCAGAAUUCUUUAACGUAGAACUCGUUAACAAGGAUUUCAUCAGAAUUAAUAAAAGUUUCAUGGGUAGAACCACAACAAAAAGAGGAGAACACAAAAAAAAAGACCACGAGAAAUUUCUAUGCUUUCGUUUAGAUUACGAGAACAACAAAGCUACAAUUCAUGCUUCAUUAUUUGAUUAA